AUAUGAAUCAAAUAUUCCCCCUUCCUCACAAAAUUACGAGACUCACAGUUGAAGAGUAUUGACAGUGCUAUAAUCAGGAAGAAGAAGAAGAAUUGGGAAAAUGGCGAUGGAGAGAGGUGAGCUGAUUUACAAAAUUUACAGAGCCCUAAGUUAUGGAUUAUCGCCGCUGAUUCAGCUGCAUCUGCGGUGGCGCAAGUUCCGUGGCCUGGAACAUCCUCUCCGCUGGCGCGAGCGUCUCGGACUCCCUUCUCUUUCUCGCCCCCCUGGCCCUCUCUUCUGGUUCCACGCUGUCUCACUUGGUGAAGGAAUGUGUGCAAUUCCUGUGAUCAAAUGCUGCAUAGAGAGGAGGCCUGAUGUAACUGUCUUGAUGACCACAACCACCACAUCAGCAUUUGAGGUAAUAAAGCACCAGCUUCCAAAUAACGUCCUUUAUCAGUUUUCUCCAGUUGACACUCCUGGCGCCAUUGAUGCUUUCCUUCGUUAUUGGAAGCCAAGUGCAAUCAUGUUAAUGGAAAGUGAACUCUGGCCAAACCUGAUUAUAGGUGCUGCGAAAAAUCGGAUUGCACUUGCAUUGCUUAAUGCUCGAAUAUCUGCAAAAUCUUAUGGCAGUUGGUCUCAGCCAUUUGUUAAUUCUCUGACAUCAUUAAUGCUCUCCAAAUUCUUGCUGAUUCUUCCACUGAGCACUACCCAGGCAAUUCGCUUUCAACUGCUGCAGUGUCCACCCUUCAUCAUAAAUUUUUGCGGUGACCUAAAGUAUGCUGUAGGGAACAUUGACACAAAUGAAGGGGAUCAAAGAGCGCUGAAAGAGUUGCAGGUACAGCUUAUGAACAGAAAGGUUUGGAUGGCAUCUUCUAUUCAUAAGGGUGAAGAAAAAGUCAUGUUAGGAGUACACAACGCUUUAAAGCAAAUACAUCCGGAUAUCAUCACCAUCAUUGUGCCUCGGCAUCCUCAGCACGGAAAACAAAUUGCUUUGGAAUUGGAGAAAGAUGGAGUAAGGGUAGCAUUACGGUCUCGUCACGAUAAGCUCAUGCCAGGGACAAACAUAUAUGUGGUUGACACAUUAGGUGAAUUACAAAAGUUUUACAGACUAACACCAAUUGCUGUGAUUGGAGGUUCAUUUCUUCCAGGUUCAGCUGGUCAUAAUAUUUCAGAAGCCGCUGCAGCAAGCUGUGCUAUUUUAACUGGUCCUUAUAUCGGUCAUUUCUCCCAUAUGGCAACACAGAUGCAACGCUUGAAUCCUUUGUCAGUAUUACAGGUUUCUGGACACAUUCUUGUCGAAGCUCUCCACAACCUUCUUAGUGAUGCAAAACUUUUGGAAGAACGUCAAGAAGCUGCUAAGCAAGCUUAUCAUGCUCUGUCUUGUGGGAUCACUGAAAAUGUUUGGAGCUUUCUAGACUUCCACAUUUUUCGGAUAGCACUGGCAAACGAAGGUUUGAUGCUAUGAAUCUCUAUCUUCAGAUCAUCCCCAUCUAUGAUUGGGACUGUUUCAUGUUAAAAAAAGCAUUCACGAGUUCCUGCAUCAAUAUCAUGAGAUCUUGAACAGGGAAGAAAAAUGUGAAGAACCUAAAUGCUGUUCCCUCCUUCCCCUGUAUAUCAGAUUGUCCUUAGUGAGAUUUGCCUCCCAAGAUGGUUUAUGAGUAAAGAGCAGCCUAAGAGGACAAGGAUUUUUCAGGGGAGGCCUCGAACAAAAGUGUAUCACAAGUAUCAGUCCAGUGAUAACAAUGCUUGAUUUGCUCGAGGUGAUGUUAUUGCUGCAAUACUAACUGUUAAGGCAUGCAAGAGGGGAGCAACUGCAAUUCUCCCGAGUGAGAUUGCUCAAAGAUUGAAAUGAAGAACAUGAUAAUCUGAAUGGAGUGCAUUUGCACUUUUGUGGAUUGGACGCGAUACUUUGAAAUCGCUGGACUAGUUUGCUGAUUAAAGUUAUUUACACCUUGCAUGGCCUCUCCACUACUGUAUAUUGGCUUAUUUCCUAGCUACGUCAAGCAACUUCCUGAGCUUUGCGAUGAUUUCAGCUUCUAUCGGGAUCCAUCUAUACAGCUUUCAUCAGAACUCUAUUCUGGGAAUCAGUGCCUCGAAUUGUUGACUGUUGUUGCUGUGGUAACAGGUAAAUGCAGUCAUAAUCUUCAUCGUAGAGGCGACCUAGGUGAAAAAUGUCCAGAAAUUUGUUCAGUUAACAAGUUGUUACAGUUAUGGCAAACUAUGGCUGGGAAAUGAACAAUGACAAUAGUGAGUAAUGCUGAGAAGUAGAAUAUACUCUGUGUUCGACAUACAAAAUGCAGAUUAAAUUAACUAGAACAACUGUGUUUUUUUGUUUGUUUGUUUGUUAUAAUCACGGUAUUCGGGCCAAUUGGCGCGCAUCACUACUAAUUCACAGGUACUUACUAUCUUCCACCAGAGCAGUUGUUUCUUUGCAUGUC